AUGGACACAAGCAAAACUCCAUUCCUCGACGCUGUUUCCUCCAAUCUUCCCGAUGGUCUUUCAGAGGACUUCCGUACCCUUUGCAACACAUCUAAUAACGAUCAACUUCUCGAUAAUAUAAUCCGUUUCAUCUGUGGGGGCGGAUGUACUACCACCUCUCAAUUCAACGAAGAACAAUGGAUCACAAGACAGACUGUGGUUCGGAAUCGCUUGAGCGCACUGGUAGUAUCACCAUCUGGAAGCCAAAAACGGGCAAGAGAUACUACGAAUGACCUUCCAGAUACACAAAAUAGCGGCAACAAAAGACAAAAGAAUGACUUCAAUGAACCUUUGGCAGCAGACGACCCACCAGUCUUCACACUAAAAUCCGUCUCUGUUGCUUCUCCAGUGCGUAAAAAAGUGGUCAUAACGAUCCACAACCGCUCGAUUCGGUUCCACAAUACCUCUACGAACGCUCUGGAACACUCAGUUUCUGUUUCAUCCUUACGUCGGGGAUUUCUAGUCCCAACUCGUGGAAAAACGAAACCUCACUGGACCAUCAUUCUCAUCUCUAGCGACGCUCCACCAGCUUCUGAAAGGAGCAGCAAAGGUCAGCCCUCUGCGGCCCAAAAUAAUCUCCAAGUCAUCUUUGGCCUAGACGCGUCAGCUACGACUGCGAUGACGACGACAGAAUAUUUUGGACAAGGAACUACACUACCGAAAGAAACCACGAUUAGAAAGGGCGAAGAAACCCUCCCUCUCAUCCACUCGUUCUUGUCUCGCCUCCCUUUCCAAACCCUCGAACCGUCUAUAGACGUGUUCAAGAGCGCGUUUCCUGGUGUUGGUGGCACCCCCUUACCCGGCGUGGAAGCCUAUCGUGGUGCAAAACCGGGAAGUUUAUGGUUUAUGAAAGAGGGUAUCUUAUGGGGGGAAGCUAAACCAUGCGAGUUCUGGCCGGUGGAAGAACUUCUAAACAAAUCUGAGGGACUGAGGAUCAUCAGUGCGACGGGGAGGACUCUUACCAUUAUCUUGACUCGUGUCGGGAGGGAAAUAGAAGACGGGGAAGCUGUGAAGGAGGAAUCUCAGUUUGGGCCGGUUGAUGCGAAGGAACAGGAUGCGAUUCAUCAAUGGGUUAGGGAGUAUCGACAUUUGUUCGGUAAGCGUGGAGGAGGGGGAGGAGAGAUGGAGAUCGUAUCUCCUCCUGAAAAUAAGAACCCGACUAGUUCCACAGCUGAAAAUGUAGGUCGUGGAAAGACUCUCAACCAAGCGCAAUUUGAUUCUGAAGACGAAGAAGACCAAGAUUUUCAAGCAAGUUCUGAAGAUGACUCUGGGUCUAAUUCUUCUUCCGAUGAGGAUGGCGAGGGUGACGGCCAUGCAGUGGGAGAAGACGAGGAGGAAGAAGAAGAAGACGCAGAAGGGGAUGAAGUGGAGGAGGAAGAACUGAAACCGGAAAAUCAUCCACUCCUACGACCCGGGGCGAUGCCCAAGAUGUCAAGAGCGGCGAUGGACAUGGUUGUGGACAUGGUUGAAGGGGAUCUUGCUCGUGCCAGUGGAGUUGGGGCGCGGAGUGACGUUGAAGAGGAUGAAUUAGAUGAUUGA